AUGUUAGCUGGAUUGGAUAUAAUUUUUCUUACACUGUCAACAGCAGAAUUCAUAAUUGGAAUGUUGGGGAAUGCGUUCAUUGGACUGGUAAACUGCUCUGAAUGGGUCAAGAACCAGAAAAUCUCUUUAGCUGACUUCAUCCUCAUCUGCUUGGCUAUCUCCAGAAUCGCUCAGCUGUUGGUGUCAUGGUUUGAAUCAUUUAUGAUGGGACUAUCUCCACUUUUCUUUUCUACUUAUAAACUGGCAAAAUCUAUUACUUUGCUUUGGAGAAUAACUCAUCAUUUGGCUACGUGGUUUAGUACCUGCCUAAGCAUUUUCUACGUCCUUAAGAUAGCUCAGUUCUCUCAUUCCCUUUUCCUCUGGCUGAGGUGGAGAAUGAACAGAGUGGUUCUUGCAAUUCUUGUAUUUUCUUUGUUCUUUCUACUGUUUGACUUUCUAAUGCUAGAAACAUUCAAUGAUCUCUUCUUGAAUGUCGAUGCAAUGGAUGAAAGUAAUCUGACUUUAUAUAUAAAUGAAAGUAAAACUUUUUAUGUUAAAACCCUGAUUCUUCUUAGUUUUUCCUAUAUCAUUCCUAUUAUUCUGUCCCUGACCUCAUUGCUCCUUUUAUUUCUGUCCUUGGUAAAACACAUCAGAAAUUUGCAGCUCAACUCCAUGGGCUCCAGGGAUUCCAGCACACAGGCCCAUAAAAAAGCCAUUAAAAUGGUGAUGUCUUUCCUCUUCCUUUUCACAGUUCACUUUUUUUCCAUACAAUUGUCAAAUUGGAUGUUUUUUUUAUUUUGGAACAAGAAGAUCACAAAGUUUAUCAUGUUGGCCGUUUAUGUCUUUCCCUCAAGCCACUCACUAAUUUUGAUUCUGGGAAACAGCAAGCUGAGACAGACAGCCUUGAAGGUACUGUGGCAUCUUAAAAGCUCCCUGAAAAGAGAAAAACCAAAUUCAUCUUUACCGAUAGACUUUCCAGAAUCUUUCCAAUGA